AUGACGUCCCGCCUCGUCUUGGUCAUUGGCGACCUUUUUAUUCCUGACAGGGCACCAUUUAAGAAACUCCUUACACCAGGCAAAAUCGGUCAAAUCCUGUGUCUAGGCAACCUUACCGAUCGUGAUACAUAUGACUUCCUCCGCCAAAUAGCGCCCGAUCUGCAGGUGGUGAAGGGUGACUUCGAUGUGGACUCUCCCAACCUCCCGCUCUCUAAGGUUGUCACGCAUGGGAGCUUACGGAUUGGCUUCACCCAUGGACAUACCAUUAUUCCACAGGGGGAUUCAGAGGCGCUGUUAAUUGCAGCAAGGCAGAUGGAUGUGGAUAUAUUAUUAUGGGGUGGCACACAUAAGUUCGAGGCGUACGAGAUGGAGGGCAGAUACUUCGUCAAUCCUGGCAGUGCGACUGGCGCCUUUACCACGGCGAGUGCGUCAAAGGGGGAAGAACCCCCCCCGAGCUUUUGCUUGAUGGAUGUGCAAGGGGAUGUUCUCGUGCUCUACGUUUACCAGAUACGAAUAGACGAGCAAGGUGCUGAGACCGUGGUUGUGGAGAAGGUGUCUUUCCGGAAACAAACAUCUCAGCCAACCUAA